ACGCCGACUUUCUAUCCGGGCUUGGAUGAUGAGCAGCGGCGUCGUCUCCCCCUCAUCGUCCGCGGCCGUCUGGGACGAUCUGCGACAUUGAGCCGCCAACUUCCACCUGCAGCUCUUUUUAUCACUCAUUGACGCGCCAUGUUUGAUCAUUUUCUCCAUUUCGACUCUUUUUCGCCUUUUUCUCCUCAUCUCCAUCAUCAUUUUUAUUAUUAUUAUUAUUGUUGUUGUUGCUCUUAACGUCCGAUCAUCGCUUGGAUUCUUGCAAAAACAAAGAGGAUUUAUUGUUGUUCUCCGUGAGGAAUGUAAGAGGACGGACAACCCAACAACCCAACAACCAAGCACCAAGUCCCGCUAUGCGCUUUUGUGUGGUGGCGCACGUCCGCGUCCUGUGCGUCUUUUUGCUCUGCGCACAGUAAAGAAGGGGAAACAAAAACACUUUCUUCGGAUACACUUUGCUCCCUUUCUCGACACACAUUUUGGCUUACAAAACAUUUAUUCGUCCUCCUAUAAGUCAUGGGGAAGUCGAUGUGGAGUUAUUAUUAUUUUGGAGUUCUCUUUAUUACCUUCAGAGCGGACUUUUGUCGCGCGCUCAUCCUGGAGUCCAUCUACUGGAACACCACUAAUACCAAAUUCGUGCCAGGUCAAGGUGUGGUUCUGUACCCCCAGAUUGGCGAUAAAUUGGACAUUGUGUGCCCGCGUGUGGAUGGCGGGGUGAGAGAUGGAGUGGAGUAUUACAAGGUGUACAUGGUGCCCAGGGAGCAGCUGGAGAGCUGCACCAUUACCAAGGCUGACACGCCUCUCCUCAACUGCGACAAGCCGGACCAGGACGUCAAGUUCACGCUCAAGUUUCAGGAGUUUAGUCCCAACCUUUGGGGCUUGGAGUUCUUCAGGGGGAAAGAUUAUUACAUCAUCUCUACUUCAAAUAGCACAAUGGAGGGUAUCAACAACCAGGAGGGCGGAGUCUGCAAGACCAAGUCCAUGAAGAUGAUCAUGAGAGUAGGACAAAACCCUUCAGACCCCGUUUCACCCAAAGACAACCCCACCAAGGUGCCCAACUCUCCUAAACUCCCAGACAGCAAGGACACCCAAAAAAACAAUGAAGUUCUGGAGAAGCCAGGUGUCGCGUCCAGAGAAAGUGAACAAAACAACACUGGUGGGAAGUCAUCCAAUUUCAUCGGUUCCGGGGUGGCCAUUUUUGUCAGCAUUGCCUCCGGCAGCGUCAUCUUUAUCAUCAUCAUCAUCAUGCUGGUCCUCCUGCUGCUCAAGUACCGGCGGCGUCACCGCAAGCAUUCGCCACAGCACGCGGCUACAUUGUCCCUGAGUACUCUGGCCACGCCAAAGCGAGGCGGCAGCGGCGGAAACAAUAAUGGCUCCGAGCCCAGCGACAUCAUCAUCCCGCUCAGGACUGCUGACAGCGUCUUCUGCCCCCACUACGAGAAGGUCAGUGGCGAUUACGGCCACCCAGUCUACAUAGUCCAAGAGAUGCCGCCGCAGAGCCCUGCCAACAUCUAUUACAAAGUCUGAAGAGAAACUCUGAAAGCAAGAGACAGGAACAAUACCAGGGAAAGGAGGGACCAGGUCUUGGUUUCAGCUGCCACCAUGACUCCCUCGCUCUUUCUCUCCCAUUCUGCCAACUCCUCUCCUCUAUGUUGUCGAUAUUUUCUUUGUGAAAGGUUGCUGAUACCAAUUUCUUUUGGUAUCUCCACAGUCCAGCUGAGUUGGCAGAGGUUGGAGAAAUUGCUGCUGUUGCCACUGCUGAUACUUUACCAGGUUAUUAGGGAGCGGAAAGGCUUAACGUUUUCCCUUUCUGGUUUGUGGAUGUGGCCAACAUGUAGGGGACCUUAGAGGUAUGCAAGUGUUUUGUUUUUUUAACCCCUGUGCUAGGAUGCGACGGAAAUACGGCUGUAGGGACGCAAACGAGUCCGCCAGAGACGCUAGGAAACUGGGAUGUGGGAUGACCAUGUUGGCAUGACUUAGUCUGAAGAGGCUGGGUUUGAUCCUCAGUUUAAGUAUCCUUAAUGCUGCGUCAUCAGCAGGGGAAUGGUGUGAGCUGUCGGCUGUGGAAGUGAAAGCCAAUUCACGUUGCUCUCUCUCGAGCUUCACUGGCUGCAAAGACUACUUGGAUGUCCCAGGUGAACAAGGAAAGGGGAUACGUUCUUGCACUCUGGGACUUUCUUGACUGACUCACCACCUCCACGUUGUUUUUAAUGCGGAUUACACCGUUUCUCCUGUCGCUACACACCUGUUACUUGAAAGUUUUUCAAGAAAAAUGCAUCCCAUUAUGUGUCAAAAUGUACAGUGUAGCCACAAAGUCUCUUUACAAUUAAAAAAAUGUCUUACAAAAGCAAUUGAUGAGAUUUGUUUAUCAGAUUUUGUCUACGUACGGCAGUGGUGAUCAAAGUUUUUCUUCACAUCAAACCUUUCCCGAUUGGAAUCAUGGUUGGACCGGAAGACCACUCACCUGGGCUUCUUUAUGGGGUUUUGUUAAAGAUAUCAAGUAUGGAACAAAGAAACGACACAUCAAGGACCUGAAGCCAAACAUCACUGAAACCAUUGCCGCCAUUGACUAGGCUAUGUUACAGCAAACAUGAUACCGUCUAGUCCUUUCAAAGUUGCAAUUCUUAGUCGAAAAGCUGGAGGCGAAGUUUUCCAGUGAGUCAACUCACCGAGCGACAAAGACAUUGGCUAUUUAGCUUCCAUUGUCGCUAUUAAAAACAAUGACGAUUAAAGAAAGACGUAGUGUGUUAUUGGAGCCGAACCUAACCUAAUCACUUUUAUUCUCGAAAAUACCCUAAAGAAAUAAUGGUAAAUGGGUUAUAGUUGUAUAGCGCUUUUAUAUCUUCAAGGUACUCAAAGCGCUUUGAUACUAUUUCCACAUUCACCCAUUCACAUUCACACACUGAUGGUGGGAGCUGUCAUGCAACCACCCUAACCACGACCCAUCAGGAGCAAGGGUGAAGUGUCUUGCUCAAGGACACAACUGACGUGGCGAGGUUGGUAGAAGGUGGGGAUCGAACCACGAACCCUCAGGUUGCUGGCACGGCCACUCUCCCAACAGCGCCGCGCCGACCC